AAAAUAGAAGUGCUUUUAUGAUGUUAAUUCAAAUAGAACAUUUAAAAGGGUUACAACACAACUAUUUUGAAAUAUAUCGUGUAACAAAAACUACUAAAUAAUCCCAAACGACAGAAGCACUCACGAUCACAUGUCGUGUCACUCUCCCCCUCCUAUUAGCCAAUGGCAUCUCCUCACUUGUUCCAUAAAGCUUUCCCAAUUCUCGGUUUCAUUCAUACUGGCCAAUGGCAUCUCCAAAGUGCCUCACACGUACUUCCUAUCAUCAUCAUCUUCACCAAACCAACUAUCUUUCACCGAAAGUUUUUUCAAUCAGUUGCAGCAUAAUCAAUACCAAGAAAAACUCCAUAAUAUCUUCCACCUGUAGGAACCCCAAAAGAACAAGAAGAUACGAAGUAAUAGCUAACAACAACAGCAGUAGUACAGAAACUAAACAUGAAACAUAUGAAGGUGUAGAGAAGAAGAAGAAGGAAAGAAGGGUUAGGAUUCUGAUCGCCGGCGGUGGGAUUGGUGGGCUGGUUCUGGCGUUGGCAGCAAAAGAAAGAGGGUUUGAGGUUAUGGUGUUUGAGAAGAAUUUGAGUGCAAUUAGAGGGGAAGGAAGGUAUAGGGGACCAAUUCAGCUGAUGAGUAGUGCGUUGGGUGUGUUGAUGGAUAUUCAUAUGGGGGUGGCGGAGCAAGUUAUGAAUGCAGGGUGUGUCACCGGAGAUAGGAUGAACGGCCUUGUUGAUGGAGUUUCCGGCGACUGGCUUGCCAAAAUUGAUCUCCUGGCUCCUGCAAUUAAGAAAGGACUUCCUGUGACUUUGGUAAUAUCAAGAACGACAUUGCAAGAAAUCUUACUGAAAGCUGUGGGAGAUCACAUUGUGUUUAACAAUUCUAAAGUUGUUGAAAUCUCCCAAGAUCCUCAUAAGGUCGUGGCAACCCUUGAUGACGGGCGACAGUUUGAAGGUGAUAUCUUGGUUGGAGCUGAUGGAAUUUGGUCGGAGGUGCGUAAGAAAUUGUUUGGAACACAAGAAGCAAGUUAUUCUGGCUAUACUUGCUAUAGUGGAUUAGUAGACUACGUCCCUUCAUACACAAAUUCUAUCGGCUAUCGUGUGUUCCUAGGGAGGAACCAAUACUUUGUUGCUUCUGAUGUUGGCAAUGGAAAAAUGCAAUGGUACGCCUUCCAUAAGGAGCCCCAAAUAGGCAGUGGUACUUUGGAAGACCAUGCAGGUAAAAAGGUAAGGUUGACUAAGCUAUUUGGGAGUUGGUGUAGUGAUGUGACUAGAUUGAUAGCCAAAACAAGAGAAGAAAUGAUUUUACGAAGGGAUAUAUACGAUCGAGACAUGAUAUACUCAUGGGGCAAAGGACGUGUUACACUUUUAGGAGAUGCUGCUCACCCUUUGCAACCUAAUCUUGGGCUAGGUGGUUGCUUGGCAAUAGAGGAUUGUCACCGAUUGAUUCAUGAACUGGAAAGUAUAAAAAAAAGUGAAUACAAUGCUAUCAAGUCGAUUGAUAUUGCAUCUGCACUUAAGAGAUAUGAACAGAAAAGAAUGUUGAGGACGAUGAUUACGCAUGGAGUGACUCGUAUGGCAUCAAAAUCACUUAGUGGUUACCAAUCUUUCACAUUCUUGUCGGCAUUUCGAUUGCCUGUACAAGUUUCUGAAUUUUUACAAAUGGUUUCAUCAUAUUUCAUGACUUGGUUGGUAGCUGGUGAAGGUCUUGAAGGGGUUGUACAUUCUUAUUUAUACAAUCUUUCUUUUAAACAGCCGAUAUGUUGAAGAAACAAGAUCAACAGAUCGAAGGUCAAAAACAAAAGGUUUUGCUCCAAUAUAAUAGGAAGAGAUAUGAAUAGCAACACGAAAAGGCAAUAAGUGAACACCCAUAUAAGACGCAAGACCUAUUCUAAUACUUUUGUGUGAUUUGAUAACCACCCAUCAAUUUUGAAUAUUUUUAAAUUGCAACCACGCAAUAAGUGAACACUCAUAUAAGACACAAGACCUAUUCUAAUACUUGUGUGUGAUUUGAUAACCACCCAUCAAUUUUGAAUAUUUUUAAAUUGCGACCACCAA